UUCACUGGGAGGGACGAGGUGUUUACUGACACAUUCAGGCGGAGGUUCACAUGUAAAACAUUUGUCUUGUGUCUGCUGAGCUGGGAGGACAAACACUCACUCAGUGAGGCGGACGGACGCCCAGUUGGACCUCUGAAGAUGAACCUUGCAAAGAUUCACGAGGGGCUGCACGUGAAGACCUUCUGGGAGGAGAAGAUCCACGGCGAGAGCCAACAUGCCGAGAGCGAGGAGCAGCGGAGGAACCGCAGCGCCCUCAAGAAGCUGCGGGGCGAGUGGGUGGUCCGCCUGGACAACCGGACCAAACACCUGAAGAAGCUGGACAGCACGAGGAAGGUCAGCGGGGAGUCAGCUGACCAGGCGAUGACAUCACCGGCUCAGCAGACAUAAAUAAUCUCACAACGUAGAAUCUUUUUGUUUGGAGGGAUGAACAACAACAACAACACAACAAUAAACUUUUAAAAAAUCCUCACAACACAAAAUAUUCAUACAAAAUAACAGAAAACACACAGAAUCAGAGUUGUGUUCAUUUAUUUACUAGUUUGAUCAUAUUUCCUGUCAAUCAGCAGCACAGUGAACAAUCAGAAUGUGAUCUGAUGAAUAUGAACUUUCUUCUUUCAGAAACACAACACACAUAUUGUAAGAGCCUGAGGGGACAUAUAUGUUGCCGUUUCUUUUCCUAUAUUGUUUGCAGCAGAUGCCCUCAGACGGGCUGAUUAGGCACGAGAGCAGUUUUUCUACCGUGUGACGGAAUGUGUUUUUUGACGCUUUUAUUUUGCGGAAAUAAACACCAAUCUAAAAGAA